UCGAAUCGUCUCUCAGGACACUGCUGUUUUGCAGUUGGCAGGUUGGUGCAGAAUAGGUAGACAACACAGUCAACUCAUCAGUGUCAUCAAUGCUGCUUAAACAAUAUGCCGGGUCAGGGAGACCAGUGUGUAUGUAUCUCUCCCUCAGCAUACCUAUGUGCAAUGUAAUAUUGCGGUAUAUUCUACUUUGUUCUGUGAUCUCUGCCCGCAAGGCGCGAGUGACCGAGUUUGUGCUGCCCGUCGCUUGUUGUGAGGGCAGUGCAUUCAAGAGUGUCGACAAUUGACCGACUCAUCUGAGAGGCGCAUGGGGUACAUUAUAAUAAAAAAUUGUUUGUCCGGAAGCAUACGGCAAAUGAGCUAAUUGCUUGCUCUAGCUACAUGUUACAGUGUAAUAAGUACUGAGAUUGUAAGGUUGUGAUUCUGUCAGCGAUUGGUGUUUUUGUCUUUCCGUCGAAUUUUUGUCAUUUGCAAGAAUGGAUCCUUAUCGGUUAGUAAGAUUCGUGACCCGUCUGCGGUUCUGUUCUUAUAGUGAGACGGUAUACAUUUAAGUCGGUUGGCGUCUAGGCGGAGUUCCCUUAGUGUGGCCGAAUGAAAUGGUGAUUAGUUUGUGUUUCGAUGGAAUCGUAAUGGUAUUCGUUUGUGUAUUGUGUGCAGGUGAAGACCGUAUUGAAACAAUUUGACAAAACGUGAUAGGUACAGAAAUCGGCUAAGAUGAUUGGAAUGGCUUGAGCAGCACUUCGAAAAAAUCAAGACAGUGGAGCAUAUGUAAAUGAUAGUGAACAAAGUUGAACAUUUGGAGUUACGCGAGUCGUCGGGAUAUAUUGUACUAGUGCUCAAUAAUUUAUUGGUCACGCCACAAUGAUCAACCGUCAUAAUCCUAUUGUUUCGUUGAGAGGAUGGGAGGUGCCGGAGGAGGUGGCUAUGGCGGAUCUGUGUGGCAAUCCUAUGGGGACAUGCUUCAGGGCGCUGGCGGCCCAGUAGGCCGUUCACAGGACUAUCACAACGAACCUUUCGGCGGUCAUAGAGACUCAUUUGGUGGUCUCGAUCAAGGUAUUGGAGGUGGCAGCGGCGGAUUUAUGGGCGGUCGUGGUCAGGGCUCUGAUCAAGGCGGCUUCAUGGGCGGCGGAGGCGGUGGCCGACGAGGAGGUCUUCAUGACACUAGUGGCGGUGGAUACGGCCAAGAGAACUUAGGAGGCAGCGGUGGCUAUCUCCGUCAACAGCAACAACCUGAUCCCUACGAUGGAUACGGUUCUCGAGGUGGCGAUUCAUUCGAGGCAUACGACCGUUGUGGCCCUGUUGAAGCCGACUACCGAGGCAGUGGUCCUGGACUCCCGCGUGGUGGAGGAGUCGCCGGUGGAGGCGGAGUCGUUGGUGGAGGUUACGGAAUGGACGAUGACCGAGAUCGAGGAAUGUAUGAGCAAGAUUACAGAAUGGGAGGUGGCGGUGGGGGUGGCGGUCUAGGCGGGGGUAACGCAGGAGGCCUGUACGAAGAGCGACCUGAGACCUCAACGAUUUUUGACAUCAUUACCCUAACGAUGGCAGACAGAUAUAAGAUGGUGCCGGAAAGGCCAGCUCGUCGUCCAAUGCGUCCCGGCGAGAAGCCUGACCCAAUCAAGGAUCAAUUAUACGAGAUGCAGGGAAAUACAUACAAUCUUCAAUCUGCCAAUGUCGAACCAAAAAAGUUUACAGCUAGAUGUCGUCUCUUUAUCGCGCCGUUACCAAACAGCGUUUCAGAAGAUGAUCUUAAGCAGUGGUUUGGCCAGUAUGGCGAAGUUGGAGAAGUGUUCCUGAACAAACAGAAGAAUUUUGCCUUUGUCAAAAUGGAUACUCGUGAAAACUGUGAAGCAGCUAAAAAUUCACUAGAUUUUGCCAAAAAGGACGGAGUUACCAUUCGAGUACGAUAUUCUUCAAAUCCUGCUGCCGUUCGUGUGUCGAAUCUUACAAACUUCGUGACUAACGAGCUGCUUGAAUCGGCAUUUGGAGUAUUUGGGGAGAUUGAAAGAGCAGUCGUAAUCGCGGAUGAACGAGGUCGGCCAACGGGCGAAGGGAUCGUUGAGUUCGCCCAGAAGAGGUCGGCACUGAUGGCUAUUCGCCGCUGUGAGGAGGAAUGUUUUCUGCUGACUGCUUCUCCGCGACCCGUCGUUGUGGAGCCAUACGAUUUCCGAGAUGAGGACGAAGGACUGCCCGAGCGAAAUAUCGCAAAGUCCAAAGCAUACGCGGCCGAACGGGAGCUUAGACCUCGCACUGCUAUGCCGGGAUCAUUCGAAUUUGAAUUUGGGGCCAAGUGGAAAAGUCUUUUUGAGAUGGAGGCCCAACGCAAAGAAGAGUUAGAGUACGAUACAAAGAGAUGUCGUCAAGCGUUAGAUGAGCAGUUAGACUUCUAUAUGUACGAGCACGAAACGAAGCUUCUGCGGGAGAAACUUCGCGCUAUGGAAGAGCAGAGUCAGCAGAUUCAACGAGACCGCGAGAUGCGACUUCGUGCUGAGGAUGGAGAAAGACGACGUCGUGAGGAAGAGGAUUACCGGCGCCGUAUGGAAGGUGGCGCUGGCGGUCUUCUUGAUACCGCGCGAAGAAAUGCCCUUGGCGCUGGACUGACGGGGUCCUUGGGCGGGCUUAGCGGUGCAGGUGGAGGGCAGCCUGGGAGAGGCGGCGGAUGGAACACUGGUCCGCCGCAAGUGCCCCCACCAUAUCAGAGUUCAAUGGGCGCGCACAUGGGAGGCGGAGCGAGGUACUAAGAUCUGCUGUCCGCUCCUUAUUCUUGUCUUCCGAACCCUAUUGAAUCCUUUCUGACGAACUCGAAAGGACCGCAAACCGCUCCUAACUUCUUAUAGGUUACGUAACAGAGCAAAUUUAUAAUUAUAAUGAUUCUAGGCCAUAUAUAUGUGUGUGUGUGUUAGCGUUAGAUUACGAUUGGUAUAAUUAGGACAAAACGCAGUAGUGUCAGACAAACACACUCAUGAACACAUCUCAUUGUAUCAACAAUGCCCAGUUUCGCAACACUUUUAUCGUUUCCACUCGUGCGACAUAGUUUGGCUUGCGAUAGAUAUAGUUGUUCUUUUUUAUUUAAUUUAAGAGCGACGAUUGUAGCAUCAUGUGCACAUAUACAUCCUCUAUAACCAUGACAUUACCCUUCCGCAUUUUUGUAAACAUUUCGAACAAUAUUAUAAACCGUAACCGAUUUGCGGCGUCCUCCUCAGUUAGAUAAAUGCUUAAAAAUCACUGAAUAAUCUUUUGUUAAGCGUCAUUCGACAAUACCACAAGUGUUACUACAAAAUUUUGUACUAUGGUGCAAAUGAUUGUCGCGUCAGUAUUCAAGGACCUAUAAAAAAAAAAGAUGGCAAGUAACGCGAUAGUGCAAAAGACAACGAGUGUCGAAGGUAUGAAAGC